AUGCCACCCAACCCACCCCCCGCCGAAGCAGACGACCUCGAGGCCCUCUUCAACGACUACACCUCCCUCGACGAAACCCGCCUCCUCUCCGCGCGCGGCAUCCCGCGCCUGCGCGAGCGCGCCCGCACCCUGCGCCUCAAGGGAAAGGGUCACGAAUACGGCGAUGCGGAGCGGCUGCUGGGGUUGUACCAGAUGUGGCUCGAUGAUUUGUACCCCAAGGCUAAGUUUGGGGAUGCGCUGAGGAUGGUGGAGGGGGUGGGGCAUAAGAAGACUGUUGCGGUUGCGCGGAGGGGGUGGAUUGAGGAGGGGAGGCCGGGACAAGGGGGGCAGGGAGAGGGGGAUGGAGAGGGGGUGGGGAGACCGCAGGGGGAGAUGCAGAGGCAGGGGACGGAGCGGAUAGCGCCUAUUUUCACGGACCUCGCGUCUCGUGCGGCGGAGCGGGGGGAGACGCCUGGCGCUGAUGUACCGGAUGAUGACCCGGAUGCAAUAGCGGAGUUGUAUGGCGCGUCGCCGCGGCGUGCAGCUGCUGUCGCUAAACCCGUCGCGCGGGGACAAGGGCAGACGAGUAUUUUCGGACCGGGCGCAGUUGUUCCCCUCCCCGGCGCGGCGGCGGAGGAAGAGGAGGGGGAUGACCUCGCUGCGCUGCUAGCGGAGGAGGGGGGGGUGGAUGUCGAUACGGUUACCAGCACAGCGGCCCUGGCGAACAAAACGACGCCGCUAGAGGAGGACGAGUUUGAUGACGAUAUGGACGCUAUGGCUGAGAUGGGGUGGUGA